UCGGGGAUCAUUCUGGCUUAAAACUUAAUUUAAACAAAAUCAAAGUUAUACCACUUAAUAUAAAUUAUAAUAAAACAAAUGGUAUAUGCAAUUUUGGAUGGUCUGAUGAACCAAUUAAAUACCUUGGGCUUGUAUUAUGCAAGAAUACCAAUGACUUUAAUGUCCUUAAUUGGUCUGUAAAGAUAGAUAAAAUUAAACGUAUUAUAAAUCUUUGGAAGAUGAGAAAUCUGACAUACUAUGGGAAAAUAGUUAUUAUAAAAAUGUUACUUGUAUAUAAGCACAUGCUACAUCAUGCCCCAAAAUUAUAUCAAAGAACUUGCCGUGUACAGGAUAAAGAUUUUAGUAAUUUUCUAAUUUAUGAUGACUCUCUUUGUUUCAUUUUGUAAAUUUAUUUUUAAUUAGAUUUGAAUUCACCGAUUGAGGGCGUAUUGUUUUUCUUUUGUACAGUCAUGGAAAGCGUGUCGGUUGUCCGUUUAGUUGUUAAAUUUCUUUAAUUUCGUGAUACGAGCCCAAUGACCUUCCACGACUAUCGGAGGGACUCGGCUAAAGUCGACACUUAGGACCUCUGAGUGUCAAAGCUGCCGGUACUUAAGGCGUGAGGAUGGGGUACUGGUUCAAGGAACCCUUGUCAAUACAAGUUCUGUCCUCAAACGAAACCAGGAAAGAACCGCCACCACAUCCAUCGUUUAUUGUGCUCCUGACAAAGAUCCAUGUUCAUCAAAUCCCUGCAGUCAAGCCAAGGAGUGCUACGCACAUCCGUACAACCAGGGAUACGAUUGCGACUGUGCUUUCGGUUACUACGGUGACGAGUGUCAGAAAAACGGGAAAAUGGGUGGGAUUCUCGACAAUGAAGGAAAGCUCUUGUUGUUCAAGAUGCCGACAUUUGAGUUAGAACACGAGAUACUGAUAGCUCCUCCCGAUCCAAUGAUAGUGCAAUACAAAUUUUACACGGUCUACGAUCGCCUGAAUGAUCUGGUCUACGUUGCGGCGAAUGAUGUCUUCUACCGUGGCCGACCAAGGGCUUCUGGCCACUUUGAGCGUUUCAACAACUUCACCGAAAUGUAUCCCGGAAAAGGAAGGAGUAUAUUGCUUGGCAACAAUUCUACCUGGUUAUAUCUGGGUAACAGCGACUCCGGUCUCAUAACGCGCCACCAGCUUCCGGAUAUGCUACAUGAGGAGACAAUCUACCAUGGAAUCCUCAACACUAGGCCUACACCAGAGGAUACUCCUAUUCAUCCUGGUCCAUUCGUCAUGGCCAUUUCACACAUCCGUAGAUUACUUUUCUGGAUAGAUUCGAAAGGGAUAAUGAGCUGCACCGUAGACGAUUGUAUGAACACUGCUGGCCGUGUUCAUUUAUUUUCCGAGGAAAAAUAUCCAGCAGGAGUAGCUAGAUGCAGUCUCGUCGUGGAAGAUAAAAUUGGCAAGAUAUUUUGGUCUGACUAUCUUUCAACUGAGGAAGGCUAUCCCCAAGAUAUCCUAAUGGCAGAUUUGGAUGGCAAGCGGGUUCAGACGGUGUGGAAACGUACUUCCAACUUCAAGCUGAUGGUGUUUACAAUAUGGAACGACUGGCUUGUAGCCUACGAAUUUGAGUCGUUUCGAUUCUGGAUGAGUAGAUUCCGGAGUCACAUCGCCGAGUCAAGUAAUGGAACCGCUCUGCCGUGGAAGUGGUUCCAGUCUACGUUCCAAGGAAUACAUUACAUAACUGAAAUGGUUUCAGUUUAAAGUUCUCAUGGCGGUGUAAUAAUUUAUGAAAAUAUACCUGUUUUCCUAUGAGAGUGUUUUAGGCAUCUUUAUUAAGUACGUUCAUCGUCAAAGUUUUUAAUCUGUUGUGGAUUUCUUCCUAUAAUCCUUGAAUCGCUUUGAUUAUUUCAUCAAGAUGGAGAGUACUCUAUAUUACUAUAAAUAAUUAUUAUCAUUACCCAGAAUUUAUUUUUUUUAAUAUUCUGUGCUCAAUACUAAUUUUAUACCUAGAUCAGAUUACAAAGUCAAACCUUUUUGUGUAGGCCUAUAAUUCAUUUAUCUUGAAGUUGUAGUUAGUGCCCUUCCUAAUCACAUAUUGUUGGUGUUAUAUUAUCGCCUUGAUUAAUCACCAUUUAAAAUCACACUGUUGAUGUAACUGUUGAUGUUUAAUACUCCCUUUUUCAGCCCUUGAUUAUAAGGUUUUGAUAUUUCAAUCUUUAUGUAUUAUAUUAUUAUAUAUAAAUAUACCAUUUUUACAUUCUAAAUUACUUUGCACAUAUAUUGUCAAAUAAAUGGUGGAUAAAAAUUUAAUAGAAAACAAGAAAUAUGGAAAGGAUAAAACGUUUCACAACAAAGUUCGGCACAAGGUAUCAUUAUAGAGAAUGAAACACCACGCCUAAUAUAUAAAAUAUAAUACGCUUCUCACCGCAGUACAACACAUGAUGAUGGAGAUGAUGAAUUCACUGCUCGACUUCAAGCGACGACGAGAAAUCACCACUAUCGCCGGAAACUCCAGCUCCAGACAGGCAAAAACAUGGAAAAACAUUAUACGAAAAGAAAACUAAAAGGAUAGAUAACAAGCAAAAAAGUAGAGUGCAAAGGAAAACACUAAGCUGUAAGCGAAUAACGAAUGAAAGGGAAAAGUAUAAGUCGAUCAUGAAAUGGAAGAAAUCAUUUCAAAAUCAACAAAAUUAAUGAAUGAUGACUCGAUUUCUCUUCAUCCUAUAUCCUUAAUGUGGGAUAAAACGAAAAGAAGCAAAUCGUUGCUU